AUGUCUACUACAACUCACAGACCGUUCUCCUUGCACCACGGUGACAUUGAAUACACCACCUUAGUUCCCUCGGACUUGUUUUUCAUUUGCUCUCAAGUUAGAGAGCAGUUUGUUAGAAUAUUACCCGACCCAACUGAAGGAUACGCUGGUGAUGAUGAACCUUCGACUCCAGCAGAGUUGUCUGCCAAGUUUCUUGGGUUUCUUUCCACGUUUGUGGACCCGGAAGACAACGACAACCGUUUCAAUAGAUUUCUUAGUAUCAUGUUGCAAGAUUUCAAUAACAGAUUUCUUACCGGUAACACGUCAGAUAUUCAUACAUUUGCCGCCAAUUUAUUGGAACAACCAGAUUUGGAUGCCUUUACUACAACCAAGGCCAGUCAAUUGAUCCAACACUACUACACUGCUUUAGUCAACUCCAAGACUCCAAUCCCCGAAAUCACUCCUGAUUUGUUGACCAAGGAGAACGCCGCUAAGAUUUACGCUAUUUUCGGGGGUCAGGGGAACACCGACGAUUACUUUGAAGAAUUGAGAGAUUUGUACCAAACUUAUCAUUCUUUAAUCAACGACUUUGUGGGUCCAAUUGCCGCCAAAUUACAACAAUUGGUGAAAUCAACUGAAAAUGUCGAUAAAAUUUACACCCAAGGUUUCGAUAUUUUGACUUGGUUAUCUUCUGUCGAAAGAACCCCUGAUCAAGACUAUUUGUUAUCUGUCCCUGUCAGUUGUCCAUUGAUUUGUGUGAUCCAAUUGUGUCAUUAUGCCAUCACUUGUAAAGUCUUGGGUAUCACUCCUGGUCAAUUCAGAUCUCAUUUGGCUGGGUCUACAGGCCAUUCCCAAGGUUUGGUCACAGCAGUGGCUAUUUCAUCUUCUACUUCUUGGGAGUCGUUUUUGGAAAACUCCAUUAAAGCUGUUUCCCUCUUGUUCUUCAUUGGUGCUAGAUCUUUAAUGGUUUAUCCAAGAACUACUUUACCCCCCACCAUGUUACAAGAUUCUUUGGAAAAUGGUGAAGGUAGACCUUCUCCAAUGGUCUCUAUCAGAGAUUUAACCUUGGAAUCCGUUGAAAAGUUUAUUAAUGAAACAAACAAACAUUUACCAAAGGAGAAACACGUGGCUAUCUCUUUGAUUAAUGGUGGUAGAAAUUUGGUUGUUUCCGGUCCUCCAGAAUCAUUAUACGGUUUAAACUUAAGUAUGAGAAAUAAAAAGGCUCCCUCUGGUUUGGAUCAAGCAAGAAUUCCUUAUUCCGAACGGAAAUUGAAGUUUUCCAAUAGAUUCUUGCCAAUUUUUGCUCCCUUCCAUUCCCAUUUAUUGGAACCUGCUACUAAUUUGAUCAUUAAUGAUAUUGCCAAUGCUGGUCUUAAAUUCUCCGCUAAGGAUUUAGGAAUCCCAGUUUUUGAUACUUUUGAUGGUUCAAACUUGCAAGAUUACACUGGACCUGAUUCAAUUGCUGUUAGAAUUACUAAAUGUAUCACUCAAUUUUCAGUCCAUUGGGAAUUGGCCACUAAAUUCCAAGGUUCCCAUAUUUUGGAUUUCGGCCCUGGUGGUGUUUCCGGUUUAGGAGUCUUGACCCAUCGAAACAAAGAAGGUACCGGUGUUAGAAUCAUUUUGGCCGGUACUUUGGAUGUUCAUGGUGCUCAAUCUGAUGAUGAAUAUGGUUUCAAGCAAGAAAUCUUUAACCAAGCUCCUGGUUCCAUUAAAAGAGCUCUGAAUUGGUUGGAAGAAUUCAAACCAACUUUAAUCAAGAACUCUGAAGGUAAAGCUUUUGUUAAUACCAAGUUUUCUCGUUUGUUAGGUAAGGCUCCAUUGAUGGUACCUGGUAUGACACCAACCACUGUUAAUCCUUCAUUUGUUCUGGCCGCCAUUAGAGCUGGUUACCAUAUUGAAUUGGCUGGUGGUGGUUAUUUCCAUGCUCCAGGUAUGGAAGCUGCUUUGAAGUCAAUCUACAAUGAUAACCCUCAUUUCCCUAAGGUUACCCCUGGUGCCGGUGUUGCCAUUAAUUUGAUUUACGUUAACCCAAGAAUGUUACAAUGGGGUAUCCCAUUGAUUAAAGAAUUGAGAGCUAAGGGGUUCCCAAUUCAAUCCAUGUCUAUUGGUGCUGGUGUUCCAUCUUUAGAAGUUGCUUCUGAAUAUAUUGAAGAAUUGGGUUUGACUCAUUUGGGUUUGAAACCUGGUUCUAUCGAUGCUAUUUCCCAAUGUAUCACCAUUGCUAAAGCCCAUCCUGACUUCCCAAUUGUCUUACAAUGGACUGGUGGUAGAGGUGGUGGUCAUCACUCUUUUGAAGAUUUCCAUCAACCAAUUCUUCAAAUGUACUCCAAGAUUAGAAGAUGUUCCAACAUCAUUUUGGUUGCUGGUUCUGGGUUUGGUUCUGACGAAGACACUUAUCCAUAUUUAACUGGUUCAUGGUCUGCCAAGUUCAACUAUCCACCAAUGCCAUUUGACGGUUUCCUUUUGGGUUCCAGAGUCAUGGUUGCCAAAGAAGCCUGUACCUCUUUGGAAGCCAAGAAGGCCAUUGCCAAAUGUUCUGGUGUUGCUGACGACAAAUGGGAACAAACCUACAAGAAGCCUACUGGUGGUAUCAUCACUGUAAGAUCUGAAAUGGGUGAACCCAUUCACAAGAUUGCUACCAGAGGUGUGAUGUUUUGGAAGGAAAUGGAUGAUACCAUUUUUAACUUACCCAAGAACAAGUUAUUGGAAGCCUUGAACAAGAAGAGAGAUUACAUCAUUGAAAGAUUGAACAAGGAUUUCCAAAAGCCUUGGUUUGGUAUGAACUCCAAUGGUGUCUGUGAUUUGGAAGACAUGACUUACCAAGAAGUUGCCAACAGAUUAAUUGAGUUGAUGUACGUUAAGAAGUCUGAAAGAUGGAUUGAUGUUUCCUUGAGAAACUUUUUUGGUGACUACUUGAGAAGAGUUGAAGAAAGAUUCACCUCUAAUGAUGGUCAGAUCUCUUUGAUUCAAUCCUAUAAUCAAUUGCAAGACAAGCCACAACAAUUCACCGACAAGUUUUUUGAAACUUAUGGUGAAGCCAAGAACCAAUUGAUUUCUGAAGAAGAUUGUGAUUUCUUUUUGAUGUGCUGUAGUAGACCAACCCAAAAGCCAGCUCCUUUCGUUCCUGUAUUGGAUGAAAGAUUUGAAGUCUUCUUCAAGAAGGAUUCCUUAUGGCAAUCUGAAGAUUUGGAAGCCGUGAUUGACGAAGACGUUGAAAGAACUUGUAUCUUACACGGUCCUGUGGCUGCCCAAUUCACUUCCAAGGUCAACGAACCAGUCAAGGAUAUCUUGGACAACAUCCACAAUGGUCACAUUGCCAAGUUAAUUGACGAUGUCUAUGGUGGAGACGAAUCUAAGAUUCCUGUUGUUGAGAUCUUUGGUAUCAAGCAAGGUGUUGCCGUUAGUAAGAUGCCAACUGGUGUCACCAAGUCUACUACAGGCACUUCCACUGUGUUCUCCAUUGGUAGUGGUGCCGUUCCAACUGCUUCCGAAUGGAUCAACUUGUUGGCCGGUACCAAGAACAGCUGGUUGAAUUCAUUGUUGUCCGCUGACAGAAUUGUUCAAGGCUACAACUUUGUUGAUAACUCCAUCCUUGAUAUCUUGGCUCCAAGUCAAAACAUUAAGGUUGAAAUUGAAAACUACAAUGCUUCUUCCAGUUCCAAGACCAAGUUGACUCUCUACGAGAAGUUGAGAGGUGACUACAAGACUGCUGUGGAGAUCCAAUUGAAGUCCAAGGAUAUCAUUCAAGUCAACUUGAUUGAACACAGAACUGCCGACGGUAAGCCAUGUGCUUUGGAAUUCCUCUACAGAUAUAACUCUUCCGAUGGGUUUGCUCCUAUCUUGGAAGUAAUGGAAGGUAGAAACGAUAGAAUUAAAGAGUUUUACUGGAAGUUAUGGUUUGGUUCUAACGAAACCGUUGAUUUAUCUAUUGACGUUCAAAAGCCAUUGGAUGGUGAUGAAGUUGUCAUUACCGGUCAAGACAUUGCCGAGUUCACUCAUGCUAUUGGUAACAAGUGUGAGGCCUUUGUUGACAAGCCAGGUAAAAAGGUUUUGGCUCCAAUGGAUUUUGCUAUUGUUGUUGGAUGGAAGGCCAUCAUGAAGGCCAUUUUCCCCAAAUCUGUGGAUGGUGAUUUGUUGAAGUUGGUUCACUUGUCCAACGGAUACAGAAUGAUUCCUGGUGCCGAGCCAUUGAAGAAGGGAGACGUUGUCACCACCAAUGCCGAAGUCAAGUCUGUAUUGAACCAACCAAGUGGUAAGAUGGUUGAAGUUGUGGGUACCAUUUACAGAGAAGGUAAUGCCGUUAUGGAAGUCACUUCCCAAUUCCUUUACCGUGGUGAAUACAAUGAUUUCGAAAACACUUUCCAAAAGGUUACCGAAACUCCUGUUGAACUUGCCAUUACCUCUUCUAAGGAUUUGGCUGUGUUGAAGUCUAAGGAAUGGUUCCAUUUGGAUGAAGACGUUGAAUUGUUGAACAAGACUUUAACUUUCAGAUGUGAAUCUGUUUACACCUUCAAGACUGCUGAAGUCUAUUCAUCUAUUGUCACUACCGGUAAGGUUUUCAUUGAAUUGGAUACCAAGGAAGUGAUCCAAAUCGGUACUGUUGAUUAUGAAGCCGGUAAAUCUUAUGGUAAUCCAGUUACUAACUACUUGACUAGAAAUGGUCAUACCAUUGAACAAGCCGUAAAGUUUGAAAAUGCUAUUCCAUUAUCAUCUGGUGAAGAAUUAUCCUCCAAGGCACCAUCUACCAACGAACCAUAUGCCAGAGUUUCUGGUGAUUACAACCCUAUCCAUGUUAACCGUGUUUUCGCUGCUUAUGCCAAGUUACCCGGUACCAUUACCCAUGGUAUGUUUUCAUCUGCUGCUAUCAGAUCGUUGGUUGAGCAAUGGGCUGCCAACAGUGUUGCUCAAAGAGUUAGAGCCUUCAAGGCCAACUUUGUGGGGAUGGUUUUACCUAACGAUAUCUUACAAACCACCAUGGAACAUGUGGGUAUGGUUAACGGUAGAAAGAUCGUCAAGGUUGAAACCAAGAAUGUUGAAACCGAAGUCACUGUUUUAUCUGGUGAAGCGGAAAUUGAACAGCCUAUCACCACCUAUGUGUUCACUGGUCAAGGUUCUCAAGAACAAGGUAUGGGUAUGGACUUGUACAAUUCUUCUGAAGUUGCCAGACAAGUUUGGGACAAGGCAGACAAGCAUUUCAUUGAAAACUACGGGUUCUCUAUCUUGGACAUUGUUCAAAACAACCAAAAUGAAUUAACCAUUCACUUUGGUGGUGCAAAGGGUAGAAAGAUUAGAGAAAACUAUAUUUCUAUGAUGUUUGAAACUAUUGGUGAAGAUGGAGAAAUUAAUUCUGAAAAGAUUUUCAAGGAUAUUGACCAUACAACCACCUCUUAUACCUUUGUUUCCCCCACCGGGUUACUUUCUGCCACUCAAUUCACCCAACCCGCUUUAACUUUGAUGGAAAAGGCUGCUUACGAAGAUAUCAAGUCCAAGGGGUUGGUUCCCUCCGACAUUAUGUUUGCUGGUCACUCUUUGGGUGAAUAUUCAGCAUUGGCUUCAUUGGCAAAUGUCAUGCCCAUUGAAUCAUUAGUGGAUGUGGUCUUCUACAGAGGUAUGACCAUGCAAGUUGCUGUUCCUCGUGAUGAGUUGGGUAGAUCCAACUAUGGGAUGAUUGCCAUUAAUCCCUCUAGAAUCUCCCCUACUUUUGAUGAUGCUGCCUUGAGAUUUGUGGUGGAAGAAGUGUCUUCCAAGACCCAAUGGUUAUUGGAAAUCGUCAACUAUAACGUGGAAAACCAACAAUAUGUUGCUGCCGGUGACUUGAGAGCCUUGGAUACCGUCACCAACGUGUUGAACGUGAUCAAGUUGAACAAGAUUGAUAUUGUCAAGUUGCAAGCCUCUAUGUCCUUAGAAAAAGUCCAAGAACAUUUGAAGGAGAUUAUCGAUGAGGUUUCUGUUCAAUCCACCUCCAAACCUCAACCCAUUGACUUACAAAGAGGGUUUGCUUGUAUCCCAUUGAAGGGUAUUUCCGUGCCCUUCCAUUCAUCUUAUUUGAUGUCUGGUGUCAAGCCAUUCCAAAGAUUCUUGAACAAGAAGAUCAAGAAGUCAUCCAUUAAGCCCCAAGACUUGAUUGGCAAGUACGUCCCCAACGUCACUGCUAAGCCAUUCCAAAUCACAAAGGAAUACUUUGAAGAAGUUUACCAAUUGACCAAAUCAGAAAAGAUCAAGAAGAUUAUCGACAACUGGGAAACUUAUGAAUCUGCUUAA